AUGAUCAACUACCGGUUAAUUUCUGUGUUAGAAAAAGAGAAAAGGAUCAGCGACUACCAAGCAGGGUUUAGAAGAGGUUAUUCUACUAUAGACCAUCUAACAUAUCUAGAUGAAAUAAUAAACAAAGCGUUCACGGAAACACAACACACAUUUGUUGUAUUCUUCGACUUGCAAAAAGCGUUCGAUACAGUAUGGAAACAUUAUAUUAUGAAAACAUUAAAAGCAUGGGGACUCAAAGGUUCAGUGUUCAGCACAACCUUAUUUCUUAUUGCAAUUAACGGAAUAGCUGAUGAAGUUUCUCGAACUAGCAAGACUAUGUUAUACGUGGAUGACUUGGCAAUAGCAGUUAAUGGUACCGACAAUAUUAAAAUGGAAAACAUACUACAGAGGGACAUCAAUAAAGUAGUAUUAGAGGCAGAAAAACGGGGACUUAGGUUCUCUACUCAAAAAACCGUCUGCAUGCAUUUUUGCAGAUUGCGAAGAAGACAUGGUGAACCCACGCUAAUGCUUAAGAACUGCGCUAUACCGGUUGUGUCAGAACAUAAAUUCCUUGGCCUAGUAUUUGACAGGAAGCUUACGUGGAAGUCACAUAUAGAAAAACUUGUCGGAUCAUGUAAAACUACACUAAACCGAAUUAAAGCCUUAUGUAAUUAUAGAUGGGGUGCAGAUCAGGACUCGCUGCGUAAACUAAUCAAUGCAUACAUUAGGAGUAAACUCGAGUACGGGAGUACUAUAUACGGUCAUGCCGCAAAUGCACAUACAAGAAAAGUGCAAGUAGUAUGGAACCAAGCAUUAUUAUUAGUUACAGGGGCCUACAGAACAUCGCCUAUCGAAACACUAAACGUAGCCGCGAACUAUACACCCUUUCAAUUAAGAUCAAUGGAGAACAAUCUAAAGUUUGGUGUGAAACUACUCAAUAAAAAAGAUCACUCCCUUCGACAAAUGUUGGAGAAGCCACAGCUCCUAGAUAAAUACCAACAAAGGCACACUAAAACAAUACCGGCGAUAAUCAACAUUCAUAAACUACUUCACAAUGAAAACCUAAUGGUGGGUAUGUGGAAAUGUAACACAAGUAUGUACGACUGGGAAAUCCAACCCGCCAUACUAAAUUACAUUAGAGCGACACACCGUGGAAAUAUUCAAGAGACUUUUGAAAGAUACAAAAUAAGGCACAUGGAAUAUAAUUUUAUAUAUACGACGAUUUGGCAUAGUCUAACUAGUGUUUGGUGUGCAAACUACGCUAAUGAAGAAGUGAAAAAAUGGCAACUACCAAACGAAUGCUCAAAACUGACUGCCAGCCUAAUAAGUAUUCUUAAGGCACUAGAAACUUGUGAAGAGGAUGCUAAAGGAAAAUAUAUUAUAUGCUCUACCUAUGAAAGCGGAAUAAAACAGCUAUCCCAAACUUUACCAACUAACGCACUUGUUCUUGCUAUACUAGAAAAGAUAACGAACCUGAAAAAUAAAGAUAUUAGAAUAAAGAUGCUGUACACGCCAAUGCAACUAAACACAUAUGAAAUGAAGGCGGUAGAACAACCUAUCCAAGCUACUUCAAAGCAAAAUAAUAAACUAGGAACAAUCGAAAAAAUAUACUUAAUAGACGAUGUAAUAGCUAGUAUAAAGCGUAAAAUCAAAGCUAAAUGGCAAAACCUAUGGGAAGAUAGCAACAGCCAAAUGAAAGAAAUAGUUCCAGAUGUGACCAACAUCCCUAGAAACGAGCACUUGCGUAAAAGAGAUAAAAUUAUUUGGACAAGACUAGCAAUUGGACAUACGAGAAUAACACACUCACACUUAUUAUUAGGAAGGAAUCGUCCUCGGUGCCCACAAUGUGGUGAGAUAUUAAGUGUACGACAUGUCCUACAAGAAUGUCAAGCUCUGCAAACGUAUAGACAGGACUGUGACGUGGGUGGUGGACUCGACGAGUUAGUAAAUAAAAGUACGUUUGAAAAAGUAAUUAAAUACCUAGAGACAAUAAACAUUGCACGAGAAAUCUGA